GGCAGCGGGACGCGAACGGUGCUGGACGGGGUCCCCGCGCCGGGCUCCCCCGCUCCCCGACAUGGCGGCCCGGCGGCGGCGGUGGCGGGCGGCCCCCGAAGAGGACGGCAAGGAGGAGGAGGAGGAGAAGGAGGAAGGCAGCGACCAGGAACCAGAUUUGAUUGAAAGACUUGAUGAUUUGGAUCUCACAAAUGAUUUAGAUGUUCCGGAUGUUCCUCCAUCAAUAGACAGCACUCCAGAAAUCCUCAGAAGGGCUUUGUCAGGCUUGUCUGCCAGGUGGAAGAACUGGUGGAUUCGUGGAAUUCUAACUCUAGCUAUGAUUUCUGUGUUUUUUCUGAUAAUAUACAUGGGAUCUUUCAUGCUGAUGCUUCUGGUCUUGAGCAUCCAAGUGAAGUGUUUCCAUGAGAUCAUUACUAUAGGUUACAGAGUCUAUCACUCCUAUGAUUUACCAUGGUUUAGAUCCCUCAGCUGGUACUUUUUGCUGUGUGUCAACUACUUUUUUUACGGGGAAACUGUGGCUGAUUACUUUGGUACAUUUGUUCAGAGAAGAGAACAGCUUCAGUUCCUAAUUCGUUACCACAGGUUUAUAUCUUUUGCACUCUAUCUGGCAGGCUUCUGCAUGUUUGUUUUGAGCUUAGUGAAGAAACACUACCGUCUGCAGUUUUACAUGUUCGCAUGGACUCAUGUCACUUUGCUGAUCACUGUAACUCAAUCUCAUCUAGUCAUCCAAAAUCUCUUUGAAGGCAUGAUCUGGUUUCUGGUGCCCAUUUCAAGUGUGAUCUGCAAUGAUAUUGCCGCUUACAUCUUUGGAUUCUUCUUUGGCAGAACUCCAUUAAUUAAGCUGUCUCCCAAAAAGACCUGGGAAGGGUUCAUUGGAGGUGGCAUCUCCACAGUUGUAUUUGGAUUUAUUUUUUCCUAUUUCUUGGCUCAGCAUCAGUACUUUGUCUGCCCAGUGGAAUAUAAGAGUGAAAUAAAUAGAUUUGUGACAGAGUGUGAACCUUUGGAGCUCUUCCAGAUGAAGAAGUAUUCGGUGCCACUAUUGCUUCGGUCUGUGUUGGGAUGGGAAACGGUGAAUAUGUACCCAUUCCAGAUGCACAGCAUUGCCCUGUCAACAUUUGCAUCCCUAAUUGGGCCAUUUGGAGGAUUCUUCGCCAGUGGAUUUAAAAGAGCUUUCAAAAUCAAGGAUUUUGCAGACACAAUCCCUGGGCACGGUGGCAUAAUGGAUCGCUUUGAUUGUCAGUAUUUGAUGGCCACUUUUGUUCACGUCUACAUCACCAGUUUCAUAAGAGGUCCAAAUCCCAGCAAACUACUGAAGCAGCUGUUGGUCCUUCAGCCAGAGCAACAACUAAAUGUGUAUAAAACCCUGAAAUCUCAUCUUGUUGAAAAAGGGAUCCUGCAGCCAUCUUUGAGAGGAUAGUCUGUCAAAAUGAAGCACAAUGUGAAAACUCUGUUUAGAAGCUGUCUGUGGAAAAGCACUAUAAAUGUGCACAAAGAUGGUACCUGAAGGAAGAAUACUUCAUGGUCUGGAAGAGGUGAAUGCUUCUUUCCUGAAAGGAACAUGAAUGCUGUGACUUUCUAUGAGGAAACAGAAGAUCUGUUACUCCUAAAAUAAUUAAACAGCUUGCAAAGUAA